GUCGUCCCCGUGCACCUGCGCCUGUGAGUGACACUCAAAGCCUCAUCGUCUGCGUUCAAACGUUCACGAAGGCUGUCAGUGGUGCACAAUAUUGUCCCAGACAGUCGGGCCAGGUCCCCACUCUUCCCCGUCUUGCCUGCGAAUUAAUCAACCCCUCAGAUAAGCUCGUGGCUACAUAUCGUAGCAGUCGACAGCAUGGACGGCGAUGACGUCGCUGUGCCCCGGGCCGGCGAGAUGUUGACAGCCCACAACCAUUGUACAGGAUGUCGGGAAGAGCACUGUUCAAGCAUCAUUAUCGUUGAUUGUGCUACUCGGACGUGCAUUCCCGUGUCGCAUCGCCAUCUCCGUGCUCCCGGUGUACUUCCCAGAAGAUUAGGGUAGACUACACAGCCGUCUUCGCUAAGCUGAAUACACCUCGAGUCCGACGUGACCA